GCUAGCUUGGAGUUGAAUGCUACAAACUUUUAGUUUGUACGAGGGGGAUCAAACUUAAGUUGUAGUUGGAUUCCAGCAGCAACUUCAGAGAUGUCCUCACCACAGAUGAAUUUAAGAAGAAGGAGGGCCAGACAGCAGAGUCCAUUCAAAGUGCCGCACAGUAGCAGCAUUUUUCUACAGAGUUUACAUGAAAAAGAAGACAAAAAAGAGGAAAUAAGUGAAUUUCUGGCUCUGCCCAUUGUGGAGAAGACAAGCCGUGCCACACAGAUGAUAGGCAAACAGAGGAAAGAGCUGGCAGCUCAACUGGAGGAAAAGAAUGAGGAGCGUGACAAUAGAGAGGACGCAGUGAGGAAUGCAAAACAAACCAAGCCAACCAAAAGUAAAACCGUUUUCCCUAAACAGACAGCAGCCAGACGUGAGCUGAAGAUGGCCAUGAUGAAACAGGAGAAUAUCACUCGAGACAGAAAACAUGAUUUGAUCACCAUGGAACGGCAGAAGGCAGUGCUGGAGUUAUCAUUACUGACUAAGAGGUCGGAGAUUCUGAAGAUGGACAAAGCCAUCAUCAAAGAGGAAAAGGAGCUGAAAGAGUUGGAAGCAAGCAUCAAAAAGGAUAACCUGUUCUUUGAAGAAUGUCUCAAGGAGCAUGAAAAGAAGUCUGUAGAGGCCAGAACAUUCUUUGAGCGUGAGGCCAAAUCCAAACAGGAGAAGAUGGCAGAGAUCAAGAGACUGACCGCUGAAAUAGUGACCAUAAGGAGUGAUCUGGAAAAGAUUGAAGACACCCUGAUUAACUACAAUAGAUACAAGGAGCUCCUGUUUAAACUCUCUCCUCCAGAGUGGCGCGAGGCGCAAAGGGUCAAAGCUCUAAAUGCUAAAGGUUUGGAGGGAACAACAUCUGUCCCAGCUGAAGACGAGUCCUCAGACCACAGCAACAAACAGUUGACUGACUCCAAACAGGAAGUUGACACUGUAGAAUUCGAGGAGGAAGAGCCAGAGUUAUACUUCACUGAUCCGCAGCAGUUGGUGGACCUGCUGACGGAGCUGACAGAGCAGAACCUGUCGCUGAUUCAGAACUCUGCCAGGGUGGAGGAGACGCUGGAGGAACUCCGACAGGCCAUGGAGAUCACCAAGAAGAAGAUUGAACAGGAUGAGGAGCAUCUAACGCUGCAGAUAAAUGACAUCAAACAGAGAAUUGACACGGAGAAGGCGAGAGGCGCUAAACUCAAACAGAAAGUCCAACUCCACGUCUCCUUAAACACAGAAGACGAGGACAUAAUGCUGGAUGCUCUGGGGGAGAAGGUUUCAGAUGUGUAUCACUGUUGCGUGGAUGACAGGAUGACCAACCUGAAUACUUUGGAGAAGCUGGCCAACAUUGAGAACAGUAUGUCUGUGAUGCUGCAGAGUCUGGAAAGCAUCCCAGAAGAAAACCUAGAACUGAUGAAGAAGAUCAAAGAUAGUGAACGGAGGACUAGGGAGCGUGAAGAGAAGCUGAUAGAGCAGAGAAAGAAACAAAAGGAAAGGAUGCAGAGGUACCUGGAGAGAUCUCUGGCUGACUCCAAGAAAAUAAUUGGGAGAAAGCUCAUGCCCAGAUGCAUCCCUGUCACCCAGAAGGUCAAAGUCACCAAUGUGGAAAACAUCCCAGCUGAGGAUGAGCUGCAGGCUUACCUCUUCACAUCUGAUGACAUGGAAUAAGAAGAGAGAAGACAAAUAAGGAAAAAUGAAAAUCACAGGAGGAAAAAGUAAUAGU